AUGGAGCCGGGAGCAGUUUAUGCCCUCAUCUUCCUCUGUUCAGUUAUUUUGCUGCUUCUUUUUCAGGGUAAAUUCACGCUGCUGCGAGACACCAGAACAGACGGCAGCUUCCUGGUGCACCAUUUCCUCUCCUUCUACCUCAGAGCUGGCUGUAAGGUUUGCUUUGUGGCCCUGCUCCAGUCCUUCAGUCACUAUAACAUCGUAGCGCAGAAGCUGGGAGUCAGUCUGACCGCUGCCAAAGAACGGGGACAGCUUGUCUUCUUGGAAGGCCUCAAGUCCUGCCUUGACCUCUUGUUUGGAGAGGAGGAGGAACAGUCAGGACAGCCCAGUCCUCUCCAGUUUAUAAGUGAGAGCGCUUCCAACCUCAAAGCCUUGUUUGACUUUGUCCGGACGUCCCUGACUCCCGCUGGCAGCGACUCCUGGAAGGGCCCUGUGCUGCUGGUGGACGACCUCAGCGUCCUGCUCAGCCUGGGCGCCACGCCGGUGGCGGUGCUGGACUUCAUCCACUACUGCAGAGUCGCGGUGUGCUCCCAGCUGAAGGGGAACAUCGUGGUGCUGGUUCACAGCAACGAGGACUCAGAAGACGAGGAAAACGAACUGGUUGCGAACUCCCUGUGUCAUCACAGCGACCUGAUCCUGUGGGUAGAGGGGCUGGCGACCGGCUUCUGCAAGGAUGUUCACGGGCAGAUUAAGAUAAUUAAGAGAGUGUCCUUGGAGCUGACGGCAGAGCAGGAUGUCGUCCAGAUCUACCAGUAUAAGAUCCAGGACAAGAACGUCACCUUUUUCGCUAGAGGGCUGUCAGCUGCAGUCCUGUGAUGCUGCGAUAC